AUGAUCAGGAGUUACUUUGACAUCUCCGACAUUUUGACCAACGAGGAGACUGUUCCCGUCACCUUCUUGGUGCCGUCGUUUAGCCUGGGCAGGGACAUCCAUGCGCGCAGCAGCGAGGGUGAGGCGCUUGCGGAGGUGCGGGCGGGGAGCGUCGCCACCGUUCCCUUGUGGGCCGCCGUGGCGCUUCACCGCGAGGGUUUCCUGGUGCCGCAUGUUCCUCCUCGGUACACAACGUCCGUGUUUCGCGAGUUCAAGACGGACCCUCUUGCGGUAAGCCUUUACGCGAAGUCACCGUACUACUACGAGGCCGGCCUCUUGCUCUGCGCGAUGCUCCCAGUAAAUGAUGGGAAUCGACUUGCGGCGCAGCUCUUUCGCUUGUAUCAGCUCCGCUACCUUAAAGUCAUUCACGCCGCCGCGAAAAAAGGAUUUGAUCUGAGUGACGUGCGGGAAAAACUGUGCGAGAGUGAGCGGGACCUGCUAGAUGCCCUGCUGCGUGGUCUGGAGGAUGAACGUCAGUGGCACCGCAGCGUACUUUAG